UAUUUCGAGCGAGACCCUGUGACGACGACCGAAAAAUCGUACCAUCCGCUAUAAUUCAGUGGCACGAGAGGACCGGCUCAAGCAACAAGACGCUCAUCAGGUAUGUUUUAAUGAAACUUGUAUUAUAUUUCAUUUUUUCCCAAUCUCGAUAAUAUCGUUAUUAUUUUUAUCGCUAUUAUCAUAAAAAGUUUUUAACAAUAAUAUUUUCAAUAUAAACUUUAUAAUAUUAUAAAUACGGGUUUAUUUUUUUUAUUUUUUUUUUUUUUUUUUUUUAAUUACUGGUCGACUUGGAAAGUUUUGACACCGAUAAAAACAAUUUUUAUUCUUCCACACUAUUUAAUUUCACCGGUAAUGUUUGUUCGCCGUGAUUGACUAUACAGUUUUAAUACCAUUAUAUGAUUUUUUUUUUUUUCACGAUUAAAAAAAAAUAUUCGUAUUGACAUUAAUUUAGAAUACCUAUAUAUUAUAAACAAAAUAGUUUUUAAAACAAUAUUGCAAUAGCAAUUGCAUAUAAAGUUGAAUCAUCUAUUUUACAUUUCAAUAACGUAUUAAAUUGUAAUUUGAAAAAAAAAAAAAAAAAAAAAAGUAAUAAACCGAUUAAAUUAAAUAUCGACGUGUUACGCGAAUCCGUUUAGAACGAAUUUUACCGAGUCGCGUGGUUAGACGUUAGACGUAUAUGAAUAUUAAAAUAACUAUACUCUAGGUGCGUAUCAACCGUGAACGCAGAUAAAUAAAUGUAAAUCGACGCGGUUCCGAAUUGUAAUUCGAUUUCGUUUAAUAUUCGACAGCGUUUGUCGGCGUCGGUUUUCUACAAAUUCAACGGACGGCUCGACACCGUGCUAAACGACCGGACGGUAUUGCAGCGUCCGUUUUUCGUUUAUUUUUUCGAUUGUUAUUCGAAAAACACAACGCGCGAGAUACCGACGCGUGCCCCGCACGUCCGUCCGUUUCGCGACGAUUCGUGCGGGGGAUUAUUUCGCCGCGGCUUUCCGUCGCGGAUAACACCGCGGGUUUCCACCGCGGUCGGCCGUGCCGCGUACCGACGAUUUGCGGCCCGGUCGGCGGUCUCGACGAAUCGCGGGAAAAACGCGAUUACGGGUCCUUUUCCCUUUUUCGGUCAGCGGGCUCCGUCGACGUGCCCGGGUCGCGCGUCCGCAAAUAACGCCGCAGCGCGAACGAACGGCCGGCGGUUGGCCCGGAUUCCACGGGUUUAUUAUAAGAGUUUUGGCCGUCGUCCAUGCGGUCGGCGCGGAACGGCGGCGGCUCCGGCGCAAUCACGGCCGACGGCGGGGCCGUCCGUCCGUAAAGUCUCGGCCGUGCGUUUCGCGCAGAACCCGAACAGCCGAAAAGCCGGGCAAUGCGAACGCGACCGCGCGUUACUAUCGGCACGUGAUUGUAUCCGCUUUAAAAUUUAAAACCGAUCGAAAUUUUACGGCGUCAAUUUUAGCGUGUAUCGAUAAUAACAACAAACGUACGGGCGUCGGUCGUUCGAAACGAUCGGUUCGCACGCGCCCCCCGCCCUCCCCCCCACAUUGCUAUUAUUUAGCGGGAACGGAGCGCAACCGUUCCGCCUCGUCCGUCUUUACGCCGUGGUCCGUUCGGUUUUUUUUUUUCCCCAAAACGGAAUCGAUACGAGCGCACAAAUAACCGAUAUAAAUCCGGCGUAAAACCGCUAAGAAAAACGAAAACCUUUUCCCUUUAUUCGCGCAGUUCUCGACGUUGUACUCGUGUACGGUCCAGAGCAUUUCGUACGCCUAUUCCGUUGCUGUACAUUUCGCCGCUUUCUGCAAUAUUACGAGCGAACGGGUUUUAAAAACGGAACGGUUCCCCGAUUAAAAAACUACAGUCCGUUCGCGAGGUUGACACGCCGAUUCCCGAUAAAAAACGCGAACGCAGUAUACACGAUAAUAUCGCCGUCGCGAUGUAAAUCCGUAAUGUUAGACAGACGAUUUCUCGCUUUAACAAAACGUCUGUAAAACGUACGCGGGGACCUUAAUAGCCCGGGAGUCGGCCGUCCUAAAACGGCUGAAACGUAAUAAUAUAAAUGGGUCUCCGCGUCGGCUAAACGUAGGGCGAGGCGGUUGGCCUAACCUUUCUCAAGGAAAAUACUUGACCCGGUGCCAAAGUCCUACGUCUAUUUGUACACGAGACCAGAAAAAAAAAAAAAAUGACCGUUUGGCUUCGGAUUCACACACGCAUCAGUCAAUCGCCCGUUGAAUAAUUGCAUAGUUUUUUUUUUUUUAAAUAUUAUACCGUACAACUGUGCGAGAUUCGUUUUUUCCGCCGGGCGGGAAUUCUCGUCGUCGCGGCGAUUCGAUUUAAAUCGGUUAACCGGUCCGAACGUCCGUCCUCCAAUACGGCGUAAAACAAUAUACGUUAUUUACGGAUUUUAAAAACGUGCCGCGAGACUCGAGCGCCGCGGAUCCGGUUUUACUUUUGAUCGCGAACGUGCAAACAAGACCCAAUAAUAGAUAUUGGGUACAACACUAUUACCCGCAGAUAUCGCAGAAUUUGACGGGGGAACGGCGGCGAGUGAACGAAAAAAAACAAAAAAUAAUAAUAAUAAUAACGGGACGAAAUACAUAUUGCACUGGUAUCAAGGUUAAACGGCCAAUAAACAGACGUCACUUUUUAAAGAUGCGUGCAAAUCGCGCGCCCGGUGUAAUAAUAGAGCAGGCCGGGGCGGCGCAUGCCAAAAAAAGCCCACGGGAAACCGCCGUGGCCCCCGACGGUUUCCAGAUGCCAAUUCCCACGGUCCUAGUUUCGCGUCGCCCCCGCCUAGCCGUCCGCAAUAUUCAUCGUAACGAACGUUAAUUUAUAAAUACGCUUGCACUCCUGUGUCCGGUCGGAACAACGAUACGCGCGGGUUUCGGGAAAAGCCGAUGGGCGUACCGUUUCUAGUGGAACAAAAACCCGUCAGUGUGCUCGAAACUCGCGCGGUCGACUGUACCGGUGGUAGAUUUCAUACGCGAUCGUUUUUUAAAACAAUACGCGCGCGCGGUGUUAGCUGUACGCAGGUAAACAUUUUUUUUUCUAAUAACAUUAAUGGUUAUUAAACGGCGUUUGACGAAAUUCGCGUUCGUGGACGCGGGGGGCUUGGCGUUUGUAAACGGAUUCGAUAUUUUAGGGGGUUUUUUUUGAAAAAAAAUUCGCAUCGAUAUUCUCGAAAAAAAUUUACUUCGUAUAAAUCGUUCGCGUCGUAUUAACGUACCGUACGUUGGCGUACGGGCGUAUAGGCGAUCGACGACGAUAAUAAUCGCCCGUGAGGGUUAUAACAAACGAAUAACAAUUUUUUAAUUUUUUUUAAUUUUUUUUUUUUAAAUAAAUCACAAAUCGAACCCUCUGAACAAGGAAAUUAUAUUUUUCACAAACGGCCGUGCGAUAUCGUGACUUACGGGCGUACCGUUCGGUCAACUGUAUAUAACAUACACAGAGCCCCGCCGUAUUAUAACGCCGCUGCAGUACACCGACGCGAUGUUUACCGUACGGGUUUAAUAACAUACGAUUGUAUUUCUAUCUCCGGUGGAUGAAAACUGAUUAUUGUCGACUCGGGAACAAGUCCGUAAUCGUGUAAUGCCCUUUGCGAUAUCAGCGCGCGUGUGCACGCGUCACAAACACGAAACAACAAAGUCACGGAAACCGUCGAAAACGCCGGUGCGGAAUACAGAACGGAACGUCCGGCUUUCGGACAUAAUAACGUGCUCGGGAUUCGAUUCCGAUGUAAUAGCGUUUUCUGAAAUGCCAUUAAAGAAACACGCAGAGUGUUUCCUACAAUUGACCGUUCGAACGCCCGCGCGCGAUCCGCAUUGACCGUAAAUCGAAUUGUGCGUCGCCACACAAUUUUACACGCCCCGGUCCGCCGUAAUUGUGUGUCGUUCGCACGAUUGUAAGAGCGCAACCCCUUGUCGCGCGUCCGCUGAAUUGAAGAGGGUCGCGGCGAAACACCCGUGACUAAACGAGACGUAUUUCGUUUUUGUUUUUUGUUCCAGUAUCUCGUUUUCAAUUUGUAACGCCGUAGCCACAAGGUCGACCGAAAUCGAACGGAAAUGUUGAAGCAACAUCUUGACAUGAUCGGAAGGAACGAGCCCAUCCAGAGGAAAGCCAAAUUCUGGCAAUCCUAUGUCAGAGCACUGAAAGGUAUGUAAAGGUUUUGUUUUUUUUUUUUUUUUUUUGAACGUCUACAAUACUAUUAGCAUUCGUCAGUGGCGGAGGACCGCCGUCCUAUGUGUUCGGGCGAUUUCGGCCUAUCUCGGUCCACGUCCGACGCGUCCGAUUGAACGGUUCGUUUACAAGGGCCGGUGCUCGGGGUAUCGCCGGUUCUCGCGUGCAAUUUUCGGCACAUAGUUGAAAAUGUAUGCCGGCUGCGACACGCGAGUCCGGUGGCCAAUAAACAAUGAAACACCGGCGUUUUCUACAAUUUUCGCUUAGUUUUUUUAGAACGUCUGUUCGGCGUUUUGAAACAUUCUAUUAACAUCGCCAAUGCCGGCGCGAUUCAAUAGCCGAGUUAAUAUACCCGUCAGUCCCGUGCUGCGCCCGCCUAAUCCGGCCCCGGAGGUGACGUAUGAAAAUAAUAACAAUAAACAGCAAAAAUAAAAAGCCGUUUUACUACACUUGAAAGUCGCCGGAUCUCCAUUGGUGUUGCUAUGUAUGCAUGUACGUUGCAUUAUAGUACGAGUUAUUUUCGAUCGUUACCGCCGGACCGCGGUAAAAUCGCCUUUUAAGCGACCGACAGUGACAUUUAUUAUACCGAUGGAUAGGGACUAGCCAGGAUGACUCGGGUCGAGUACCGCGUAUCGAUCACACUUUCCGGGGUUUUAUCACGGCGAUUAUGGACAAAUCGUUUUGUUGUAAAAACGCGUUCGCGUUGUAGUAACGAUUAUUGCACGUUCGUGGGCGUCGUUUAAUUGGAUUUUUUUUUUUUUUUUUAUUAUUAUUAUUUCAUAGUCUCGGCGAGAUCGUUAAAGCUAACUAGGUUAAUACGUACAUAUUUUAUGACACGAUACUUUUUAAAAUUAUUAAUUUUUUUAAAUACAUAUUCUAGUGCGUCUAUAAUAAGAGUACCGCGUUCACAGUAAACAACAUUUUGAGCCAAGAAAUGUCGAACGCUUCUCUGGCAAUAUUACAUUUGUAAUAUUUUGAUUUUUUUUUUUUUUAUUUUAAUCUAAUCGGCCGCACUGUAAAUGUUGCGCCCCAGAAUCGAUUAACGUUAGGCAACUAGACGUGCAUCCACGAACGUCGUGUCGUACACUCGUACAAUUCCGGCGUUUCAACGAAAAGUCCCAACAGUAAUGCUAAUAUUACGAGCACCUUAUAAAAUAAAAAGCGACUGUUUAGAACAAUGACUCCCUUCCACCCAAAUCAAUCUCGACCCGCGCGAAAAUUUAAAACAGUACGGAAUAAACUGUAAGAACUAACGAUCAAAAACCAAAAACCAAACAAAAAAAAAAAACAUAAACAAAAUCGCCUCACCUUAUUUGUGGAACCGAAUCGAUUAUAAAAUAUCAUUUCUACACUGACCACGACACCCAUUUUAAGCCUUUUUGAAGUCAGGUCAACACGAUUCGACAGAUUAUUUACACAAAGUUUUGGAUUCUUAAACACAGUUUUGAAUUUCUCUCCGUACAAACGUCGACACACCUUUUUGAACGUAUAAACGGGCGACAUUUAGCGAAUUUCCACACUGUAGCCUAAAGAAAAAUUCUUUCUUAAAUCUAACAUUUUAUGAGAAAUCACUUCGCGAAAUUCAACGUUUACACACCCGGCAUUCUGGACUGGAUUUUGAUCGGUAUGUCAGUCUGCACAUUUUUCCAUUCGGGUUAUCUUGACCAAGCACGGAAAAUCACAACCGACACCUCGCGUCUUUAUACCGGGCUAGUGAUUACCGAUCUCCACUCAAAAUCGUCUUUUGGUCGUGGUGAUUUAUCGUUCCUUACAAACUCAUCGUUGUCCCGCUUUUCGUUCCGUCCUCGUAGAUCGAUAGACGGAUAAAUUAUAACUAGGACUCGGUACUUUAUACAUUAAAACCCACAGAAAAGCGCUUGAAAACAGCCCUGGACAUUCAUUUUUUUUUUUUUAAAUCAUGAAUGACAGGAGGAUUCGCAGGAGUUUAAAAUUCUCACCACCACCCCCUCCCCCGUUACGACUCUAACCAUUAAAUGCAAUUUUCUAAUACUACAAAACGAUUAACACACUUUUUUUUUUUUUUUUUUUACGAUAUACUCACGAUUUCAUUUAAAAACUCGAGUUAAUCAUUUUCGUAGUGUUCGAAAAUCGUAUUUUAUAAGUUCGAGCAGCCGUUGAUCCGGGGAGACUAUUAAAGACAUACUACCAUUUUUCGUUGGUUUUUUUUUUUUUUUUUUAAAUGCGUUUUCAACGCUUUUUUGAAGUUUUCGGCCGCUCUUUUGUGGGUUUCAAGCACGCGCGAAAUCCGUUAAUCGUUAAACGUACAUGACUAUUAUUGACCGUUGAAAACAGGAUCGGACGACAUGAGGGCACCGGAAAUCACUCACUACCACACGCCGGGCAGAGGAGUGUUCAGACCGAUCUUGAGCGUCGACUACCCGACAUGGCCCAGCUACAAGUCCAUCUACGACGACCCGAAGCACCCGACCGAGAGGAUCAACACGCCCGGAUACCGUUACCUGCCCAUCUCCAGAGACACGUACGGCAUAUCCCCCAGGAACAUUUACCCACACAACUAUCACUCCGACCGCUACCCGACAUACGGUACGUACUGAUGACGACGUCGCCGAACCCGCACACACACCACCGCUAUAUAAUAAUAAUCAUAAUAAUAAUAUGUACCGCUAUAUAAUUAUUAAUAAUAAUAAUAAUCGUAAUAAUAUAAUAAAAAACAGUUCAAUCGUACACAUAUACACGUAUAUUAUUAUUAUUAUUUUUUUUUUUUUUACUCUACUCUCAAUAUUGACGACGCUCAACUCUCCUCUCGACAACCGACAAACAAACAGAUAAAUAAUAAAACGUAUACGCCCGUAUACACGUAAACAACGCGCGUAUCAUUCGUGAAAUUGUUUUAUUAUCGAGAGAUUGUUAUCGUUGUUAUCCGUGCGUCGCACGUACACGUCGGAUACGGUAAUGGACGCGCGCCAUGAGUACACCGAAAUCUAACGUACGAACGCAGCCACCACCCACCCGCCCCCACCCCACCCCCACGACCCAACCACACGGCGGUGAAAACGACAAUGAGACUACGGGUGCCGCCACCGUGCGACGACCGUUCGCGCGCGGUUCGGAUUUCGAAUUUCGGAACGGCGCGGCACCGCGGCGCGUAUUGCCCGCGGACACGGAACACUUUUUGGAAAUUCGCUCGUUGCGCGCCGGCCGCGUCGCGGGGAUUCCCGCGAUUCGUAUCUCGGGGGCCGCCGACUUUGGCGCGCGUCAUUAUCGAUCGACCGUUUUCUCUCCGUAUAUUUCUGCCGUUCUCUCGCUCGCUCGCUCUCUCUGUCUCUCUCUCUCUCUCUCUCUAUCUAUCUGCCCGCGAAGCGCCGGCGACCGUAAUCGGCUCGUCGUCCGCCGACGUCGAAAACGUUUCUAAAAGUCGGCCGCGCGCGACGGACGAAAAAACGCGCGGACCGACGUGUAACAUGUAAACAUUGUACGCGUUUUCGUUGACAGAAAAAAAAAAACAAAAAAAAUCGCAAUCUGUUUGUUUUCGAUUUUUUCGUUUUUUUUUUUUUUGGUUUUUCUUUCUCUCGUCCGUUUCGACAAUUCGCAGCGGUCGAGUUAAUUUUACCAUUUAUUUUCGACAAACGGUAGGACAUUGUUUAUUGUGCAACAAUGCGAUGUGUACAUCAGGCGUUAUCGGAAAUAUAAUACCGUAUUAUCGGUACAACAAUAGUGUUAAAAAAAUCGACUAUUUUACACCCUCUCCCGUCGAAAAGAAAGAAAAAAAAAAACGGAAAAAAAUAAAGUAUACGACGUACACAACGUAUAACAACGUUGAUUUUAGAAUAUACACUCUAGAGUCAAUGACAAAAAAUAAUGUUACCGAAUUAUAUUAUAAUAUACCGGAUUCUGUUUUGUAUUACGUAGGUAUACACGCACCGACCACCCCCCCCCCCCCCCCCCCCCCCCCCCCCCCUUNCCCCCCCCCGCCCCCACUCAACUGUUUUUGUCGCCUUUGUUAUAUUAUUUAUUUUUUUUUUUUCUUGUUUAUAUGAUUUACGUAUUUUAUUUUAUUAUUAUUAUUAUUAUUUAUUUUAUUUUAUUUUAUUCUUUUUUUUUUUUUUUUUGAAAUAUAAUUACUUCUUACUAUUUAAAUAUUUUUGUUUCGCUAUUUUUGAAAAACCAUAAAAAAACAAAAACCACGCACGUUCGACGAAUUAAUAAUGUAGUAGUGAACGUAUCACGAGCGUCCAACAGUGAAAUAGGUUAAAACAAUAUUUAUUAUAUUAUGUCCGGUUGUUCGGAAACGCGGCGCUUGUUAUCCGCACCGCCCCGUGUACGGUUAUUUGUUAUAUACUCGUGUUUAAACACGGAUCUUGCUAAAGCUUCUUCCGCGGCCCCGCUACCGCUUGAUGGGUUCGACGAACUUUAAUAUUAUAAUAAUAUUAAUAAUUAUUGCCCGUCUAACUUAAUAAUUGAUUUAUUAAUGGUCAUUUUACUUUGUCGUCUAAACACACGCAAUCUAAACCAACGGAAGCUUUACCGAAAACGGGGGAGGGGAAAAAAAAAAAAAAAAAAAAUGUUUCGUAGUUAAAAGCGAUAAACAUUUUUUUUUUUUUUUUUUUUUUUAUCAAAUGUUAAUCAAUUCGAGUAAGUAAUCGAAACACGUUAUUUCGCCUAAUAUAACAAAAACAAAAAAAAAAACACGGUACAAUACGAUAAUAAUAUUGUUGUACACGACGCGGACGAUGAGGGAGCUAACACGCAGCUGCUGCAACCACCCCGACACCCCGUCGGUAUACCUAUAGGUAAGUAUGAAUGAUAACAAUAAUAUAAUAUUGUAAGUAACAACUUGUACGCUUACGCGUCUUCGUCUCUUAUACAGCAGCGGUUCUCGGCUUUUAUGCGACCCGGCAUAUUUCACGCGGAUUUUUUUUUUUUUAUAAAGUCAAAAUACGACGGGAGCCAUACGCCCCUUUCGCAUUUAUCCGGUACCUGGUUGAAUUAAAUUCAGUAGGCAUUCGCAUUAUGAAUUAUCGUUGUACACUCGUAUUUAACCGUGUGUAUGCGUAUAAAUAUCCGUACGUUUUUCAGCGAAAUCAAAAAAAUUGAACCCUAUGUUUCGCGUUGUCACGCGCAAUCGUUUAAAAAUCACUCGGCGAAUGGUCGGGUUUUUUUUUUCGCCUUUUUGGCGGGCCAUUUUUUUUUUUCUAAAGCUUUCAAACUUUUACAUUGUCCGGACGAACCAAUCGUCAAAUGAUUCAAACAUUGAGAAACGCUGUAUUAUAGGAUAAAUCCGUUUUAACAUCCCAAUUUACCUAUACAACAUAGAUUACAUCUAUGCGUCCAUAACGUUUUUUUUUUUUUUUUACCAAUAUCGGUAACAUUAACGCUACGAUUUACAAUACAAUAAUAUUAUUAUCACGACGAAUGCGCGUGACGACAAUAACAAUGAUAAUAACGUGCGUUUAUACUGUCCGUGUUCAGAUCCCUAUCACACAGAACCGUUCAAAGCGUUACAAGACUGGACGGACCAUUUGGAUCGUUUGGCCGAACUGAACAAAAUAUUCCCCGGAGAUCACCCGGCGUACUACGAACCGAAAAAACCCUUACCGUUACCGGAGAGACGAGCCACGUCAUUACCGCCGAUCAAAGGUUAUAAUUACACAGGUAACGUUACCGGAACGGUUUUGGCGUUUAAAAAAAAAGAGAUUUAAAAACAAAAAUUCUAAAACCGACAAGCUUCGCACCAUUUUUCCCGUACGGGAACUGGGAAGAUAGGAUGUGUAAGCUAAUAUAUAUAUAUAUAUAUAUAUACAGCGGUCAAGGCAGUAUUGAGAAUUUGCUACUUACUCAACAAAAAAAAAAAAUGCCGUAGGGUUGCUAAUAAAAAACUAUUUAACUAUUGCGAGUUAAACAUAUUACGAUAAACUUAAAUUGAACGUUGUAUUAAUUUGUAACUUAAAAAAAUCGCGUUCUUACGGUUUUGAAGCAAACAUUUUCAUUUACACGAUUCGAAACACACAGUAGUAUAAUAUGUAGUUGGUACGCGAAAUGAUUUUACAGAUUUUCAUCAAAAUUUAAACUUAUAGAAAAAUGACUAUUACUUUUUAUUGAUCGCUAAGUACAACUAUAAUAAUGAACCGUGUCGAAUUUUCGAGUGUUUUUUAGAAACCAAAACAAUUUUUUUCGCACCAAAAACAAUAAAAAUUGUAAUUACGUCGUGACCACUGUAAUUGUUAUUAGACUUCUUUGAUAUCAUAAUUCUUAUCUCAACCCGAACAGGACUACCGAUUUACUCGACCGGUGGCGUUAAGAGGAGACCCCUCUCCGAGUUGUUCGAGCCAAGCGUGUACACUCCCAGGUCCAGAUACGUACGGGACCCGUGGUGGUGGGAAUACCCGCACCUAAAACCUUACACCCCGAUCAGUUCGUCGUACAGACCGCCCGCGAAAUCGUACCUGAGGAACAGCUACUUGUCGCCGAUCAAGAGCACCUACUUGUGGGGACACCAUCCCAUCAGGCCGUUCAGUGAGUAUUAGUAGAUAUUAUUAGGUGUUCGAAACGACCCUCGAUCUCGUGCCUCAUCCGACGGUCCGAGUACAAAUCAUGUAGACGAUAGUAAACGGACGGACCGUCGUUUUCGGCCGUUGUAGUCGGUUAUAGUCGGUUUUAAGAAUUUCUACGGAGUUCUAAGUAGAAAAAAAAUUUAAAACUGCCACACGACAUGCAGUGCACAUACACCCUGUGGCGCCCAAACAAUAUGUGUAUGGUGUAGCAUAAACUGAAAUUCAAAACCACCACCCACCUCAAAAACAUUUGCCCGUAUAAAUACACACUUUCCAACCCCUACAACCUUGAAUGUUUAUACCCAUUCUACCCGACCGUCUCAAAUGCCAACUACCGGGAACGUCCGCCCGUCCAAAAUAGGACGUGUAGUAACCGCUACAUUAGGUGUAUAGUUUGGGCGCCAAUGUCUACACCGAAAAAUAAUACAAUCGCACGGUACAAAAUAAAACUGCCCCGGAAAUACCACCAAUACGGUUUUUUACUAAAUAUUGCGUUGUCUUUAAUUUUCAGCCCCGAGCCACUAUUAUUAAGAAGAAGAAAAAAUACGAUAGGUCAGCGAUGUCCUGAACGAGUCGAAUAUCCGAACGCAAAAAAAAAAAAAAGCGCGAUUCGUGCGGAACUUAUCACCAUCGCUCAUUGGCCCGAAAAUGCUAUGCGCAUCGUCACUUGGACACUCUGGAUGUUAAUCCAUCAAUUUCAUUAUUUAUUAUUUAUUCUGAAUGUAUUUGCGUACAAUAUGCUUUGUAUACAAUCACCGGAAGUUUAUUGUAAGCGUUAUAAAUUAUAUUACUCACAAAUACAUAAUGUUAUAAUUUAAUGUGCACACGUUAUAAAUACAAUAUUUAAACACUAUACCAUUGACGUGUUAAUUACCUCUAACGCAGUUUAAAAAUAAACCAUCGAAUCGCAUGACUCGCGGUCGAUUGACGUUC